AUGCAGGCGAUGCAGCCCCGAGCUUUCCAUGUUGGGAGGAAGAUCUGCAAGCGUCGCUUCAGUUUAAGCCGAGCGCUUCCUUCAGAUUUGCCUCAUUGUCCUUUCCCAGGAGGAAGCUUCCCCAAAGUCGGAGGAGAAAGGCGAAAAAGGACUGUUUUUAGCCCAUCUCACGUCAAGCUCGUAAAAAAGUCGUUUGAAGAGAACCCGUACCCCGGAUACGAGACUAGGGAGUCGCUGGCGAGGUGCAUCGGAAUCGAAGAAGAUCGUGUGCACGUAAGAAGAGGGAUAGUGGGGGUUCCUGGGACUUCCUUAAACCGCAAAUACCGGAUAAAUUUAAAUCGCUCAGAAUAAUUCUUUCAUUGUCAUUCAAAUGCCUUAGCUCUCCCUGGUGCCUCCAAGCUUAACGUGAAAGGUGCCUUAUUCAAGAGGCAGCUUCCCUUUUCCUGGGUUUUUGUGGGGUUUUAUGGGGGGCUGCUGUACCGUGGAUGUAAAGGCUUUUGUAAGGGGUGGGUGCGUUGUGUCCCCUCCUUUUCAACUGUAGGAAGAAAUUGUGCCCAUACUUGUUCAGAAAUCCUGGUUCCUGAUUAAGGCUUCCUUUUCCUUCCCACUCAAAUUAUUGGAGGCACAUACUUUCAAAUAUCAAAGGUUCUGGGUUUGAACAGUAAAAACUCUUAACAGACCUGGUUUCAACUCUAAUUUGAGGCUAAAACCAUCUGGUUUUCUGGGCCGCCUUUAUAGCCUGAUCCACCUGGCUGAACUCCCAAGGAGUGUGCAUAGGAUACUCCUAUUAGGAUUGCAGCAUUCAGCACCUUGCAUUGAGAGAUCAAAUGUGCAUCAUUCAGCUGGAACCACAGUUAAGCAACAUUGCUUUUCUAGCCAAUGCCCCACAAGUCCCUAGUUCUCCCACACUGAAAAAAUUACACUACACGAGGCACAAAUAUUCGGUGGUCCUCUGAGCUAGAAAGUGAAAUUAUGACCUAUCCAUUUGGAAAUAAUGGGCAUUUUGUUCUCUCCUUUCUUUUGUUCAGACCUGGUUUCAGAACAGAAGAGCGAGAACAAAGGUGACUGGUUCCAAAAUAAUGAUCAGGAACCAAGCUACAACUCCUUAUAGCCGCUCUGACAGAAGAAGAAGUCCAUUAAACAACCCAGGGAGCAGCCCAAAAAGCAGCCAUGCAGCUUCCAUUAUCCCGAAAGCUUUUGUUCAGACCUGGUUUCAGAACUGA